AUGGCCGAAGCUGGCAGCACCCAUUCAGACGAUGAGUCUCACGACGGAAGCCAUGCCCCGGCCCGCAAGCGUCAACGCGUUAGACUAUCCUGUCUCGAAUGCCGUCGGCGGAAGCUGUCAUGCUCCAGAGAGCUGCCUUGCGAUCGUUGUAUCAAAUCCGGCACACCUGAGAGGUGCAACUAUGAGUCCAGGCCUGGUUCCACAUCUGAAUCAAUCGGGGAGAGGACAUCCCACAUAUUCCCGGCUUCAGUCCACCCGUCACAGACCGAUAUCCGCCGGACAGCAGUGGCCCUUUCAAGGGAGCUUCCACGUCGGGAUAUCGACACAGCCAGAGACCACGAACGGAUUCGCAAACUGGAACUCGAAGUGGCCCAUCUGAGAGGAGCUUUGGCCAAGCAAACGUCCCUCGACGGAAGCACCGUCAUCGGCGCCUCGCCGUCCACACUCAGAGAUGCCGCAAAAGAGACCCCCCCGGAACCCCUGGAUGUCCAAGGGCCACCUUUCCUCCAGCCAGGUCGAGGAGAUGGCCUGGAAUUCAAGUUCAUCCGGGGCAACAACUUCAAGACGAGAUACUUUGGUCCUCAUAAUGCAUGGUCUUCAUUCAGAGAACUCACAGGCUUAACCCCUUUUAUGAAAGACACGGCCGAGGAGUGGCUCCGGCCGUUGAACAUCGCCAAGAAGGAUCGAAAGAAGCGGAAACAUGAUCGAGAGAUGCAGUUCCUGGAACCGGACCCCGAACUCGAGGCUUUGCUGCCCUCGAAAGUCGAAACAGACGCCCUGGUGGCCGUUUACUUGGACCAGUUCGAACAACUGCAUCGCAUCAUCCACAUACCGACGUUCAAGAAGCAGUACGAGAAGUUCUGGGACCUUUCGCAACCGAGGUGUGCCGCCAUCACCGCCUUCAUUCUCGCCAUGAUCGCCGUGUCGAGCUGCCUCGACAUGCAAGCCUCGUCCAAGUUCGUGGGGCUCAAGUCCCGCUCGUACCAGACGGCGGAGAAAUGGAUCAAAGCUAGCGACGCUUGGCUUGAGCGACAGAGCCAGAAGCACCGUCGACUCCUUCAUUACCAGCUCACAUGCAUGCUGUAUCUCGCCAAGAGGGUUAAUGUCGUCAAGAAGAAAAGGUACUGGACCUCGGCGGGUGCAAUGAUUAGGGAUGCCAUCAUUGUUGGACUUCAUCAGGACCCUGAGGCGGUUUCUUCCAGCAUCACACCGUACAAUCGGGAAAUGCGGCGGCGACUCUGGGCCACUAUGAUUGAGUUUGAUGUCCAGGCGUCCUUUGACCAGGGGGUUCCGACACUGCUGAGCCAAAUCUACAAUGAGACCAAAACGCCGCGAAACAUUGACGAUGAUGGAUUCGAUGAAGACUCUGAGGACCUACCACCAUCGAAGCCAUCUACAGAGUAUACCUUCUCGUCGUAUCAGCACAUCGCCCGGCGAAGUCUCCAGCUACGGCUCGAGCUCAACCAGCUGCUAACUGGACCAGUCGUAAACCUCGAUUGGGAGCAGGUAACUCAUUAUGCCGACAUGAUAACACAGGAGAUUGACGCUCUACCUGCUUGGGAUCUCGGAUCCGAGAAAGGAUCCCAUAAACCUCUGAUGGCUUUGACUCUUCUCCAUGUCCAACUGAAGCAGUAUCUCCUUUCACUCCACCAGCCCUAUCUUAAGCUCCGCCAGUACAACUCCAAGUAUCAAAUCGCCGAGUUCAUCUACUUCAACGCAGCUCGCGACAUGGUGCUCAUGCACGAUAAACUGUUCCAGAUGGGCAUCCGUGCUCUUUACUUUCUGCGAGAGGACACGAUGAACGCCGCCAUCAACCUCUGCAACGUGUCGCUACAUCAACCCAGAGGGUCAACCAGCUUGAUCGGAUCCUACGCGGGCGACACGCUCAAGAUGAUCGAGAAGUGCAUCGCGAUCAAAGAAGACCGCAUCCUCCGAUGCGGGAACAACGACCCCUGGGGCUACUCGUCUAUGUGUGCCGCCUUCGGCCUCCUAGAGACCCACCUCGGCGUCAAGAACUCGGAAGCAGCCAGAGCCUCCGCAGCCGAGCGCUUCAUUGGCCUGCAUUACAAGCUGCUCGCCUACCAAAUCCCGCCCUACCCCAGUACUGAACCGCAGCCUGAAGCCAACACACCCCAGGUGGGCGUGGCGCAGGACCCUAUUAAUAGACCGAAAUCCGUCACGCCUUUCCCGCUGGAUGCGAAUACUGCCAUGCAGCUCGGUAACACGCCGUUCCAGAGAGAAGGGCUGCCACUGUCGAUGCCGUGGCUACUUCCGUCGACGGAUCCGAGUCAGAUGAUGACGCCGAACCCGGAUAUGAACCUUGAGGGGCUGGGGAUGGAUCUAAACGAACUUUGGGGUGGCGGUUGGGACGGAGGAGAAUUUUAUUAG